GGUUCCUGAGAGAACUCGGUUUGUGGUGGAAACAGCGAUGUAAAACGAAGGCAGCCGAGAGCUUGUUAGAGGACGUAGGUCCUCCUCUGCUGUACAGUGCCUACAAUCAGUAGGAGCUCCAUUUGACCCAGUGGAAAUUGAAGUUCAGAAAGGUUGAAAUUACUCACAGACCUGAAAGAAUUCACACUGGGAAGAAACUCUUAUGUAUUCUCUUGGAGUGCUAGAGCUACAGCCAUGUGAUGCCACAUCCAACUUUUUGCCACAUUCUUGAAUCAGAAACCAACUUACUGUUGGAUUUGACAAACUGGAAGGAACCAGUGCCCACUAGGCUUCCCCCCAUUACCUCAGAACAUGGGAAUUAUUCUGUGCACCAGAAUAGCCACAUGAAGUACCAUAAAGCUGCACAGAAGGUGUUAUUAAAGACAUUCCCCAAUCAGGUCUUCAGAGUCCCUCUGACCGAUGCUCAGAACUUCAGCUUCUGGUGGUCCCGUGAUCCAGGAGUGCAUCCAGAGGAAAUCAUACCAUGGAUCCAAAGCCCACGCCACUGUCUCAUUAAAAGCCCUAUGACCAGGUUUAUGGAUCACUGUAUUCUCAAUGACAGAACCUUCAGUCAAUAUUGAGGAGGAUGUGGUUGCAGAUGGACAGAUGAGCUGUGAAAAGAAUGCAAAGUGGGGAAAGAGGGAGAAGUGUCCCAGUUCAUAUGACUUACUAAUGGAAGGAGUGGAUCAAGAAAGCUGAGUAAACAGACUGGACUAGAGGUCGCUUGUGUCUCUGGGAGAUGGGAGAUGGAGAGACACUCCAAUGCCCAGACUGCUGUGAAAGCAAGUGUGUGAGAUUACUGAAGAGACCAGAUCUUGGUAUGAGAUGUUUGGAGGGGCCAGGGCUCUGGAAGGAAAAACUGUAUGGGUCUUUAUUUGGUUCGUGAAUGAUAAGGAUCAGAGUAACAAAUCUGGGAACACACACCCUGGCCCUCAUGAUGCUCAAGGCCUAGAUAAAUCAUGCCCUGAGGUUUUACCUUGGCAAGGAGAAAGCCACAAGAAGCCCUCAGACCUCAGAUGAGAGCAGUUCAUAGGGCCCUGAGCAAGAGGCUGACUCUCCUACACUAGGCUUUGCCACUUCUGACACAACCCAGGGCCCAGAACAGCUGCAGAGAACAGAAAAUUUUACAAAUAAUUUGAUUUUAUUUUAUUUAAAUAUAUUAAAUAUUUCACUGAAAUACAUGGUACACCACCCUCCCCCACUCCCACAGUGGUUACAUUAUAAAACCAAAGCCCAUGGCCUCCCAUCCCAACUCCUCCACAACUCGUGAGGAAAGGGGCAAUGGUAACCCAGGGGAAGGGCAUGACUGGCACUGUGCUACAGGGAGCCAGGGAGUGGACAGGACCCUCCUACCUGGCAAGAAGCAGAGAAAAAUCACCCAAGGCUGAGGUCUUCCCACUCUGGCUCACUUAUACCCUCACCCCCUCCCCAUGGCACCAAGGAAUCCUUCCUAUCCAGAGAUAUGGUUUGAUGGGAAAGGGAAUCUGUCUGAAGCAGCUAGCUUCUCUCCUCUUCUCUCCUGGCUAAUGAAGUGCCUGGUGGUUCAUUUGGUUGAUGCAUGCAGAGCCCCAAGGCAGGCAGUACCAAGCCAGAAACAGGCUUCUGCGAGGAGCUGGUGUGUCAGAAGGAGCAUGAGGAGGGGCAAGGGCACUACCUAUUCCUUCCACCUCCCCAAACUCCUUUCCCCUCUGCUUCUCUAGACACUUACAGGACAAAGUGAUCUUAAAGCAAAACUCAGGCUAAUGCCUUUGCCUUAAAUAAGUAUAGACAGAGAAACCAAGGCACCAGCUACUUCAGGCCAGAGUCAAAGAGGCUGCAGGGAAAGGGGUAAAAGGAAGGUAAGGAUAGGAAGGGAAUCUAGAGUUCAACUUCCUAACCCUUCUAGCAGCCCUUUCAGGAUUCAUGGGGAUCGGGAGUGAAGAACAUAGAGACUCAGGCUGAAGGCUCAGGGAAGCCUAGUUUAAGAUUCCCCUGUCCCAUCCCCUAGUACCAAUAUCUGGGUCCUCAGAAGGAUCCCAUGCUGCCCCAGUCCUAAAGCAUAACACAUCCCAGGACACAAGCCGGGGAACCCAGGAAAUUCCUGAGCCUCUUCCCACUAAACCCCAGACAGUUCAAAUGC